AUGAAGCAACAACGACCAACAAUUAGUCAAAAAUUCAAAAAAACCAAUAGAGAUAUUGUUCACAUUGAAUUAGAUACAAAAUGCAGUUGUCCACAAUCAACGUCAAAUGAUAAUGCAUUAAUUCAAUUUACUCGUCGUUAUCUGAAAUGUCAAAGUUCAAUGCCUAUUCGUAUUAUACGUUUAUUUAUCGAAGCAAGUUUAUAUCAUUCACCAACGACAGAAGUAUCUAUAUUCGAUUCAAAUAAUCGAUUGUUAAAAGAUUCAGAUCGUCUUCGUUCAUUAACAGAUAAAUGUUCCUCAUCGUCUAAUUACAUUUCUCUUCGCUUUCAAUUGAUAAAUAAUGUAACAUCUCUUCCUAAUUGUUCUUGCUUAUCAUCAUCAAUUGAACAUAAUUCAUCGUCUUCGUCUUUACCAAAAAUAAUUCAACAAGAAAACAUAGAACAAAUACUUUCAACAUGUUCAAUUGCUCAACAACCAUCAUCAUGUCUAUCAUCAUCAUCAUCUCCGAAUCUAUUUCAUAAUCCUAUAGAAAUCUCUAAUCUUGCAAAAUCGACAUCGUUCUUCAUCGAUUCAAUAUUAAACAUAUCAAUGAUUAAUGAAAUAACAUCUGAAUUCGGUGAAAUAUGUGUACCAUUGAAAAAACGAAAACGAUAUUAUGCACCGACAGAAAUCAUUCCUGAAUUAUCAUUAGAUAUUCCUCUUGAUCUAAGAGUAAAAAAACAUUCAUUAUCGUCACUUGAUUCAUUAUCUUAG